UUUAGAACCAGCUAUAACUGAAAGAAAAAUAUUAUGGCAUCUGCACAAUCAGAGGAGUGAAGAGGGAGCCAUGAGUUCUAAACAGCACUGUGUGAGACUCAAUGAUGGUUACAUCAUGCCUAUUCUGGGCUAUGGCACUUCUCAAAAUCGGGAGGUAUUAUGAAAGUAAUUGCUUCUGCCUAUGUAUUUCACUGUUGCUCACCGGAAGUUCUGCAAAGCCUAUGGAAAAGGUUCCUCUGAGUAAGACUUUGGAGUCUACUAAAAUAGCAAUAGAUACUGGGUUCCGCCAUAUUGAUUCUGCUUAUGUGUACCCAAAUGAAAAAGAGAUAGGACAGGCUAUUCGAAGCAAGAUUGCAGAUGGUGUUGUGAGGAGAGAAGACAUAUUUCUUACUACAAAGCUUUGGUGUACAUUCCACCGACCAGAAUUGGUUGACAUUGGCUUAGAGAGAUCACUGAAAAACCUUCAACUAGAUUAUGUUGACCUCUUUCUUAUUCAUUACCCAAUGUCAAUUAAGCCAUCAGAGGCAAUGCUUACGAAAGAUGGAAAUGGAAAAAUAUUAUUUGAGACAGUAGAUCUCUGUGCUACAUGGGAGGCCAUGGAGAAGUGUAAGGAUGCAGGACUGACCAAGUCAAUCGGGGUGUCCAACUUUAACCGCAGGCAGCUGGAGAUGAUCCUGAAAAAGCCUGGACUCAAGUAUAAGCCUGUUUGCAACCAGGUCGAAUGUCAUCCUUAUCUGAACCAGAAAAAGCUGUUGGAUUUCUGCAAGUCAAGAGACAUUGUUCUGGUUGCCUAUGGGGCCCUGGGUUCUCAGCGUCCUAAGGCCUGGGUGGAUCAGAAAGCCCCAUUUCUUUUGAAGGAUCCAGUUCUUUGUGCCAUGGCCAAAAAGCACAAUCGAAGUCCAGCUCAGAUUGCCCUUCGCUACCAGGUGCAGCGUGGGGUCGUCGCUCUGGCUCAAAGUUAUGAGGAGAAUGAGAUGAAAGAGAACAUUCAGGCACUUGAAUUCCAGUUGCCUUCAGAGGAUAUGGAAGUCCUAAAUGGCCUGAACAGAAAUUUCAGAUAUUUUCCCGCGAACAUUGCUGCUGAACACCCCAAUUUUCCAUUUUCUGAUGAAUAUUAACAUGAGCACUUUUAUCAUGGUAUCUAUCUGAAGAUCCUAAAUGUGGCUAAUGAACCUGACCAUGAUGACUGACAUGAUGCUAAUGAGUCAUACCACUUCUGGAUUAUUCACACAUUUAGAACUCACAGGCAAUUGAAACCACAAUCACCAACCUGAAAAAAAAGGAGCUAGAUUUUAAUCACUUGUUGAAAUAAAUACAAUGUUCUUUUCCCUAAA